AGAGAGAGGGAGAGAGAGAGACAGAGACAGAGAGAGAGAGACCAGACGUUGGGGAGGAUAACGGCGACAUGGCGAAAACGGGCAACAUCUGAACUUUGGUGGAUCCGCUGGGAGGAUUAUCGUGCAGCCCCAUCAAUCUGAAGCGAAGAACGGGACCUGAUCAGAGUUCAGCAGACGUCAGUGUGUCAGAGGCAUAGAUUACGGUAUGGCGCGCGGUGACGGUCGGUUGGGAACCUGGCAGGUGCUACUGACCAUCUCCAUGGUCAUCAUUCCCCUGUCUGCUCACGGGAGGCAUUCACUGGCCAGGCGUCAUCAUCACCACAACCAAUCAUCUGUCAACAAGGAAGCCUUGAACACCAGAAUGGUGCUCAGUGAUGACUCCGCAGAGAGGGACCAUCUGAUUGGAGCAGGGCUUGGGCUCGGGGCGAAACUCCCAGUCAGCUCCACCAGACAUCAUCAUUCUCAUAAACACGCCCACUUAGACUUCGCAGAGGAAGACCCACCUGUGGGGGAGGAGCUCACAGCCGGAGGGGCUGGGCCAGACCAGCCCGGGAACCCCUUGUCUGAUGACGUCAUCACCGUGGAGUUCCACAGCCCUGCGCCAGAUAUCGUGCCCUCUGAUGCUGCUGUGGAUUGGACCAAAGUCCCAAAAGCACAGAAGCAAAAAGGGGGAGACCCUACUGCAUGGACGCUUUCUGACUUUUAUGACUACCUGUCCCCUGACGACGACCUCUCUGCAUUGGAAAUGACCCCAGAACCUGAGCCCACCCCUUCGCCCCCGGCUGACAUGGAGGAUGAGAAUCCACUCCUGGCUGGCUCUCCUUCUCUCCCAGACAAUGCAAGGCCUAACGUGGAUAGUGGGCCCUCCUUACCUGCUCCUCCAAUGCCAGGGCCGGACAAGGGUGAGGGGUUAGACUUAGGCGGCGCCAUGGGGGCUGACGGCUGCAGGCUGGGCUUUGUACGCUCCGGACCUGGGGUCUGUGUAUCCCAGUGUGAGGUUGAACCCAAUUUCUGCUUCAAUGGAGGAGUGUGCACCGUAGUGGCGGGAAUGGGAGCUUUCUGCAGGUGCAAUAUGCAGGACUACAUCUGGAACAAAGGCACGCGCUGUGAUUGGGCGGUCACAGAGUUCCAGGUGAUGUGCGUGGUGGUGGGCGUGUCCUCCCUGGUGCUCCUCUUCCUCCUCAUGAUCAUCGUAUUCUUUGCCAAAAGGCUGCACCGCCUCAAGAACGAGAACAAGCGCCUUCGCAAACGCAGUAAGUACCGCCCACAGAGCACCGAGCCACAGACGGAUGGCCUCUCAGUUUCGACAACAGCAGACGGCUCGCAGCCAAACGUAAGGAAACUGUGUGACACCCCUCCGCCCGCUCCCCAAGCUCACACUCACAACCUGGCGUACUAUGACAACAUUAUCUGUCAGGAUGAGCCUCAGAAGCAGGAAGACCCGGCGAAGUCCCCACAGCCCCAGGAGGAGGGCUCUAUGAACAUCCUCAACUCUCACUCCCCCAAACACGAGAACAACCGCCCAACCUCUGUCGUCCACGACCACGGCCACACCCCCAACAACACAGAGGAAAACGCCGAGGUAAACAUGCUCCAGAACAACUUGGUAUAAUGUCACCUUUUGUCAAAGUGUACUGCUGGAGAAUCAGAACAAAAUAUAUUUAACGCACAAACAAAUUUCCCUUAUAGCCUAAAACUGGUUUACAUCUUGCAAAGUGCACAAUGUGUAAUUUAAACACUCUAAUCAGGCCUAAUGUCAAAAGUAAGCACAACAUGAAUUUAAGGCUACAACUUGAGAAGCACAGUAGUCCUGUUUACAGGCCGCCGCUGCCUCCUUUCUUUCCUCUAUCCACUUCUUACGCUGGACUAAAAAUCUCUGGCUUGGACCAACUAAUGACUGAUUUUCCUCUCUUCUGAUGCCCUGCCUUGGUCUUUGGCCAAUGAACUCUUGCUCCCUCAUUGUCUCCUCUUCUGCUUCCCCAGAACCCUCCCCUCUCCUCCCCUUUCCUCCCCUCUCCUCCCCUCCCCUCACCUCUGCCUGCCCCCGCCUUACUGUCUCUCUCUGCUCGCAUGCAUUGGUGUUAUCAACGAAAAGUGUCUGAAAACAUAACAUUUGCAAAAAGAAGUACGUGGAAAUUAAGUGAAUCUGUAUUUGCGAAAUAUUCAUGUUUGACAUUGCUAAUAAGUGGAUAUGUCUAGAUUACAUGAGGUCAAAGUAAUUGCUUGUUGGAGUUGAUAUUUGAAUCUAUAUACAUAUAUUACACACGCUGUGUCUUGGUUUUCAAUGUGAUUUAUAAUACUUUAAUGUACUUGAGGUUCUUUUGUACUUUUUUGGGUAUACAUGGAGGAUUAUAGUUCACAGUUGUUGGAAUAAAUCUUUUUAAUUUUAUCCGGCUUGUCCCUGUGUGUU